AGACAAAAAAAGUACCUUACUCGACGUUUGAAUUGCCUGCACCUUACUAAUUGACAUAAUUUACUAAAACGAAAUAAAUUAUUAUUAUCAUUAAAAAUUUUUCGUAGUUUUAUUAAUUGAACAAUUGCUUACAUUAUUAAGUUUCAUUGAAUUAAUUAUUUGUCGUCGUAUUAAAAUAAUGUUAACACUAGAUGAACAAAUAUUAAAUAAACAAUUAAUACCUAAAUAUUUACCAUUAAUUUUAUUAAUAAUAAUAUCAAUCGAUACUAUUCCAGACGAUUUUAAUAAUCUUAAUUAUCCUAUGAAUAGAACACCAAAAGUUAAUGCACAAAUACUUCAAAUAUAA